UUCCAGCAGUGGGAAUUGAUUUAUAACAGAUGUGCGGCGGAAGGAAAUUAUCUGGCUUUUCCAUCUGCGUUUCCUUCCUUAAACACACUUUACAAAACAGCCGAAACUGCCAAGUGUAAUUCGACCGAAAGUCUUCACAUUGUGAAUUACGGGAACCUUAAAACAAAGAGUCUGUUGAAGCCAGUAAAGUAAGUCGCCUUUUGUACUCUGGAGAUAUGUAAGAAGAAACCGCUUUUCAAAGUGAACCUCUCAGGGACUGUGACGACCGCCGAACUGGAGUAUGGGAAAAUAUAAAACAUGAAAACAAUCGGCAGGUGUUUCCUCGCUUUAGUUGUGUUUUUGAACAUUUUGAAAGUUUGUGGACAAUGCCAAUCUGUUCGGGCCAAUCGUGCUGCAAGGUUUGUGCCGGAGGGGGGCAGGAUUCAGAUGAGCUGUGAGGUGGUCCACUGUGGGUUCGGCUGGAAUGGUGGAUGGGUUUUCCAGGACAUCCAGAGCACAUCAUUUACUCUCCUCUCUCCUUCAAUACGAAUUCAGCUGUCUAAUAACAAUUUGACAGUCAAUAGGACAGUACUGACGGUCCACAUCCAGAACAUCAACCAAUCAGAUGCUGGAGCGUACAAAUGCCAGAUAUCAUGGGUCGAAAAUCUCAGCAGCAGUGGACAUGUUACAUAUGUUAAUGUGACUGCAGCGUCAGGAGGGUCCUCGGAGAGAAGUCUCUCUCAUCGACUGAUGGUGUGUCUUGGCGCCUUGACGGGUUUUCCUCUUGUACUGGGAUUGCUUUGGUGUCUGACCAAGUGUCAUCCAUCAACACCGACAGUGCCUCCUCACCCCCGCACAUCCUUCGCAGAACGAGUGAAAACGAAAAAGGAAGUGGUGUAUGCAGAAGUUGCAUUAAAUGAAACAAGGCUGCAGAAUCACCCUCCGAAACUAGUAAUUCAGCCAACUAUCUACUCCUCAUUGCGUUUCUAAUGAUCGAAGUACACUUCACAUGGUUGUACAGAUACCAGAGC